GGAUCUACACGACACUCAAUGUGGCCGGCGAUGUUGAUAAGGAAUGCCAAGUCUUUUCUCCAGGGUAAUGUGCCGCUAACUUUUAGGGUUCACGCUAAGAAGCACCCGCCACUACCUUGACCAUGACUACCUACUUUCAAUAACAUCCCGAAUGACAACGAGACUGAAUGUCUGAACCUAAAUAAUUACAAUCACAACCUAUAUCCUUACAAUAACAAUCUACCAUCACCACCAAGAAUCGCAAUUUGUAUUCAACAGACUGCGAUAACAAUCAGCGUCAAAAUCGUUCUUGAACUGCGGAAUUACAACUUGUCUGUCCCACAUUUCCCAGCUCCGCAAUUCAUACACCAAGAAUCACAAUGUCCACCACAAUUACAAGCACAACUACCACCUCCUCAUUCCUUGCUCUUCCUUCCGAACUACGCCUGAAAAUCUGGUCCAACCUCCUCCCCGGUCCUCGUACUCUUCCAAUCCGCUACUCUCGAAUCUACAAAUCUUAUUACACUCCUGUUCCCACUUCCGUCCUCCUAUCCAUCUCUUCCGAAACGCGCACACUAUUCCUCGAACACUAUUCUCUCCUGCACCUAAACCCCUCGUACAACUCCACCAUAUACAUAAACUUUGCCCUCGAUACCCUUUGUUUUGACCACGAGGAAUGUUCACCUGUCGGAGAUUUGGCGAUGGAUUUCAAGAAUUGUACGCAAAAGGAUUUGAUUGAGAGAGUGGAUAUCGAUGUACACCUCUGGGAAAUCAUGCGAUUGUUUCGAUUUGACGCUUUGGCGGAGAUUAAAUAUUUACAUGGAUUGAGAAAUUUGACGUUUGUUUUGACGAAGUCGGACGUCGAAUUGAACAAUGGAGAAGAGGAUGAGGCUAGUAAUAUGAGGGCAAGAACCAGGGAUGUAUGGGGAGCAAGGAUGAUAAUUGAAGGUCAGACGAUGGAUCGAGAGAUUUCGCAGUGUCAGUGGUAUGUUUCGAUGGUGAAGUGGGAGGUGGAACAUGGAGAUCAUCAAUGGACGGACUGUAAACCGAAUGUGCAGAUGUGCAUUAUAUGAGACGACGGUUGAUGAGAACGAAUAAGGAGAAUGGAGAGUUACAUCUGAUGGAGGGUUUGCGGGGUCAAGAUUUAUAUCUGAAAUUCACCAGGCGUGAGAAAUCUCACUCAAGUCUUUACGAAUAUACGGACAUGCGAAGAUACACCAAACAGGUAUUAAAUUGGGAGAACAAUAUCACACUGGUCAUGGACUCUCCAUGAGAUUUCCGGUAUUACCAUCUCCGCUGGAGCAAUGAAAUCUGCGCUCUCAGACCAUACGAACACAUGCACAGAUAUGAUAUAUCAAGGUACGAAAUGAACCUCCAGGCUGGCUUUUUGUCCAGUUUCCCAAAUAUUCAGCUCUCCCAAACAAUACGUUCUAUUACUUGAACAGACUCCUGACAUUUGGUUUAGGAAGUUUUUCUCCUUUGGUGGAUCUGUACAUAUUACCACCCGUCUACACCACCCAUCCACAUCAAAGACCACUUAGGAUAAACAUCACCCCGUCGAAAAAUACUGCAGUAUCUCCGUAACCUAGUAAGAGACGUCUCGAUUCAAGAACAAGGAGUAUCCGCGGAACUGGAAGAAAUAGUUUAGCUAGUAAAUAGCUUCCUCAAAUUUACACACCUAUAAACGCUACACUACAUAUUCCAUCUCGGUGCCAUAGAAUGGGGUGUGUGGAUGAAAUACCUAGCUCCGAUGAGAUAGAUGUGUAUGUCAGAUGGCAUUUACGUUAAUGAGAUGAAUGCUUGAGUUUAAUAAGUAUCUAUCUUGGAAGUUAUUGGUAUCACUUUGGAAUGAAAUGGAAUGGAGGGGGAAUUUUCUUGCAGGUACUACUAGGUAGCUAGUUAUUCGGAUAUAUAUAUAUAUAUGAAUGAAUGAAUGAAUAAUAGGCAAAAAUUUCA